GCAGACGAGGACGAGAAGUCACCAAAGCCGUGCACAUGAGCGCACCGUGGUCCAGGAAAGAACCUGAAAAACCUGACCUAAGGUCCAGCAACCGGCCCAAAAUGGACAAGCCAGAGAAGCUGAAGAGGCCAGAGGUGUCCAGCUUAGUGGCCAAAGGUCCAGCACAACGUCUGAGCCGGGAUUUGACCUGCUCCAUCUGUCUGGACCUGUUUAAGCAACCAGUAUCACUGCCCUGUGACCACACUUUCUGCCAGGCGUGCAUUACAGGCUACUGGACCGGCCCCAGGUCUCCGGGACAGCCCGGAUCUGGAUCCUGCCCGCAGUGCCGGAAAAUCUUCCCUGGACAGACCUACAGGCCUAACCGUAUCGUGGCUAACAUUGUGGAGAGCUACUGCCAGGGCCUGGAAGAAAGUGGCGGCCGGCUGGACGUGGUGACCCCUGUGCCUUCGGUAACCCCUGUGACCCUCGUGCCCCGCUGCAGCCGACAUUGCGAGGAGCUGAAGCUCUACUGCGAGGAAGACCAGGAGCUGGUAUGUCUGGUCUGCGGGAUCUCCCAGGAACACCGCGCUCACACACUGGUCUGUGUGCAGGACGCACAGCAGAAACACAGAAACUCUCUGAGCAGCUCAGCCACGGCGCUGCAGGCGGAGCUGAACACGGCGUUGCAGUGUGAGAGGGAGACGGAGGACGAGGUGAAGAAGUUGAAGGAGCACACUGCAGACCUGAAGCAGCGUAUCGAGGCUCAGUUCAGCGACCUGCACCAGUUCCUGUAUCAGGAGGAGAAGCUGCUGCAGGUGAAGUUGAAGACAGAGGAGAGGAGGGAGCUGAUCCGGCUGGACGAACACAAAGCGCUGUUGUGUGUGGAAAUAUCCCGCCUCCGCAGAGCCCUCGCUGACAUAGAGGACAAACUGAGAGAGCAGGACCCAUAUAUGCUGCUCAGGAACAUAAAGAGUCUCCUUCAAAGGCAGCCACUGAAGUUUGAGAAACCGGCGCUGAACCCCCCUCAGCUGUGUGAGGGCCGAUUUGCCGGCCCGCUGCAAUACCGUGUGUGGAAAUCCCUGAAAGGAAGCAUCUACCCAGUGCCGUCUGCCAUCACCUUUAACUCGAGCACGGCGAACCCGUGGCUGAGUCUGACCCCGUCACUGACCUGCGUCCGCUACCAGACGUUCAACAGUGCGGUGCAGGACAACCCUCAGCGCUUCAAUGCCGCGCUGUCUCUGCUGGGCAGUCAGGGCUUCACUCAUGGCCGCCACUACUGGGAAAUUGAGGUGUACAGCAGCGCAGUGUGGACAGUGGGAGUGGCUAGAGAGUCUGUACCCAGGAAAGGAGUCAUCAAAGCAAUGCCGGCCAAUGGCUUCUGGACCAUAUCUUUGUCCUACGGCGUCCAGUACAUGGCAGGGACAUCGCCCCCUACUGUCCUGUCCCUGGACGAGCAGCUGGACCGGAUCGGCGUAUAUCUGGACUACAGAAGAGGCCUGGUGUCCUUCUACAACGCAGAGAGUAUGACGCACCUCUACACAUUCCAGGAUACUUUCACUGAGACCCUCUACCCGUACUUCAACCUGGGCUUCCUGGACAAAGUGCAUGAGAAUGAGCCUCUGAAAGUCUUUAUGCCCAAAAUCUGAACCUAAUACUACAUGCUCACACAUUCAGGGACACCUUACCAUCUUUUACAGCUGAUUGAGUUGAUUAUGACUAUUGCUGAUCAAUAGUUAAGGAAGAACAACAGGAUUGUGCUACUACACUGAAACACUUAUUAAAUACAUUAAAUAUCAAUAUUCAGUACUGCAAAAGUCUUAGACACUUAAAAAGAUGGUAUAUGAUACAUCACCUUCAUUUUCAUAUACACACAUAUGUGUAUAUAUAUAUAUAUAUAUAUAUAUAUAUAUAUAUAUUAGGGGUGUGAAUCUUUAGGCACCUCAGAAUUCGAUUCGAUUCAUUUCAGAGGGCUGGAUAUGAUUAUAAAAUGAUUAUCGAUGCAUCCUGAUGCAUCUCGAUGCAUCUUUCUUUUUUCUAUACAGGAUUUCUGUUUUCUCACUGUGUGACGACUUGGUAGUUUUUUGGUAGUAUUUAUAAUGAUCUAUAAUGAAUUUACUUCCAAUAUCUUUUAUUAAUCAAUGAAAUAUAAGUGAAGUGGCAAGUGAACUAGAAGGCUCGCAUUCAUUGCUAUUGCUUGGAGCAUGAGACGCUGCUGCCGCUCAUCUGUGAUAAAAUGUACAGUUACGGGGAAAUAAGACCCAAUGGCGGUGGAUGUACACGUAGCACGUUACCGCCGUCCUUUCCGUUUUCUUUAGUGAUUUUAUAGCUUAGGUUUUGGUCUUGUUGUAGAGCGUGGUGGGACUGUGUCAGUAAAAUACCUUUGAAAAGGCAUGUGUGCAACAUAGCAAAAAAGCACAGUUUCGCAACGACUUUCGCAGUUGGUUUCCUGGCAAGUUAAAUCUGCAAUGAGAGACUGUCAAACACUAAAAAGUUGCGAAGAGGAAGUCGCUUCUCUUUCAAAUUUUCCAGUUCCACCACAGUUUCCAGCAUUUACAUUCGGCGCCUCAGUCAGAAAUUACGAUGAAACACGAAACAUUCGAACAAGAAGCUGGAGUGACUUCAAGAAGCAACUUCAGCCUCAUAAAACAGUUGAACAUUGAGAGACAUUUUACAAUAAACUGCUCUACUUUAGAGUUUUCUGGUGGAGACGGGAGGAAAGUGGCUAUAGCUGAGCUAAAGCAUAAAGCAUAGCAAAGUAAAUCUGUAUUUUCAUUUAUAUUUUUAACUUAACUUAUACUAGGACAUCAGCACACACUGGAAAUAAAUGUUGUGGCUGCCAAUGUGGUUUGAUUUUUGUUGAAAGGACAAAAUGGCUCUUCUUAACAUUUGUGUUGUGAAAAGGCUUUUAAUGCAGAGCCGGUCGGAUUUGCCACUCAUCCAGUUGUGUUGUUGUUAUGUGCACCUCACAUACUGUCUGAGCACUGCACUGACGCUCUUCCAGGUUCCGCCUUUUGCGUUCCCUCAAAGUUAUGUCAUCAAUUAAAUAUUUAGAAAAUCGUUGUUUGUGAGUCGAUUCAGAAUCGUUCACGUCCGCAUCGUGAUGCAUCUAAGUAUCGAUUUUUUUCCCUGCACCCCUUAUUUAUAUAUAUAUAUAUACACACACACACACACACACA